AACACAACACAACAAGACGAACCACCGAACAAAAACGCAAAAGAAAGAAACAAUGGCAGCCCCAAUCCGCCGCAGUCGACACUACCACUGGCCCGAACUGCAGCUCAACAUCUGGAUCAUAAUCGUGCUAUCCGGGUCCGCAGUCUGCCUCGGUAUCUUCUCCUGGUUUAUGGCCAUCCAGACGGAGAUGAACCUAGGAAUACCAUGGCUCUUCCCCUACAUGGUCGUCUCCUCCGCCCUCGGCUUCAUCUUCGUAGUCCUCAUCCUCGUCCUCGCCGCGCGCCGCUUCCUCCUCCCUGGCAUCAUCCUCAUCGGAAGCUUCAUCCUCUUCGUCCUCUGGAUAACGGGGCUGAUCGAGACCUCGCUGCAGCUGUAUGGCGUCGUCGCCAACGUCAACGACAAUUGUCAGAUCUAUAUCCUCGAUGAUCACCGCGUUGGGGGCAAUAAUCUGCAGACGUUGGCUUGGUUGACGCAGAGUACUAUCUGCAGCUGCUGGAAAACAGCCUUCGCAUUCGAACUCGUCAACACGAUCUUCUUCCUCUGGAUGAUGAUCAUGGCGUGGCAAGUAAAUCGGGAUAUAUGGGAUUGAUUUUUUUUCCCUUCUAUCUUCAUUUUUUGAUGUCUGGGUUAUAUUCUGUUUCAAUAUGGGAAAUGGCGCUAUUGUCUGUUUUGAUUGAUAUUGAUAUCCAUUUGUGUUGGCCUUGAUUUUUUUUUUUCUUUUGCUCUUUUUUUCCGUUUUUAUAUAUGUACCCAUGAACACUCAUACCAUCCACAACAACUACAGAACCUAUCAAAUCCCC